CCUAGCAACGACAGAAUUAAAGUCGAUAAACAUGAAACCACGCGGCAGUCGUACGGGAGAAGAGCGGACAGCGGUCGGUGUCGGGAAAAGUGCGAUGGAGAAAGACACAGGCAGGUCGAGUAAUAGUGUAGCUAAAGGAGCAGACGGGCAAACGAAGCCUCCGAAGACAGUGCCUUCUCGUACCUUUCAAUACAAAAGUUACUUCCCGCCGACCGCAGUGCGCUCGACCAUGAACGUGAACCACCUGCACAACGAACUCCUUCGGAAGAAACUGGAGUGCGAGCACCUGGGCAGGAAGAACAAGUUUCUCAGUGACGAGCUGCGAAUGGAGAAGUACGUCACGCGUAAGCUGGCCACGGAGAAAGCCGAGCUGCUGGAGGCCAAGCACAAGGCACUGGUGGGCGAGCAGGAGGGACUCAAACAGCGGGAAAAGGACGCCACAGAUCGCGCCCACAGAGUUGCUGCAGAGUUAGAGGAGACCAAACAGCAGAUGGAGGACAUCAAAGAGAUAGCACAGCAAGCCAAGAAGGAGACUGAAAGAAUUACUGAAGAGAUGGAAAAGAUCCGCAUGGAAAACAAAACUUUAGUUGAGGAGAAAAGGCGCGCUAAAAUAGCGGAGAUUGAAGCGACGCGGAGGGCGGACGCAGCGGACAGACAGGCGGCAGAGGAGGCUCAGCGGCGCUGGAGGCUGGAGACACAAACUAAGCUGACCCUGCUGGACAAAGAACAGACGGAACAACAACUUGACGAGGUCAGACGGCGACAGAGAGCUCUACAACAGGUCCUGGACGAGAUAGAAAAGAACAAGAGCCAGCGGCAGAGCAAGGGGACACAAACGGCGGUCCGGAUGUGUCUCCACUGCGCCGGGAGCAGGCCGUACCGAGAGAUGUGCGUCCUGGAGCAGUGCCAACUGAUCAACCUUCACGGCCUCCGCAGGGAGCAGUACAUGGCCCGGGCCCACUGCAUGACGCUCCCCAACCUCCAACACCGGUCUCCCACUCACGGCCAUGCAGUCUUGUCCGAACCGCAAACUCCCGAGCACCAAAACGACCAGAAGAGCCCUUCCCCCGCCCCUCCAUCUGACAACCUGCCGAGCCCCCGGGAAGACAACCCGCGUGAAGGAAGGCUGAACAUCUCUAUUUCCCUGCCGUCUCCGCGGAAACUCCCGAAGCGCGCCAACAGCCUCCGGUACGCCGUGGUCCCUGUCGACGUAGCGACUGACGACGGGGACGACAUUGUUGAGGUGUUCGAGUUUUAAGUUUUACUCUAUCCUGAGGUGUUUCUGAUAAAUACACUGGAAGACAGUAGUGUCUUUCGUAGAUCCUAACACUGUCCAACACAAUAACCAAUGAUAGCAUGGCAAUUAGCGGUUCAACCAAUGAUAGCAUGACAAUUAGCGGAUUGGCCAAUGGGAGAGCUGGCUGCAUGGUCGUCAAAAAGUUGUAUUUUUACGUUUUUAUUUCGCGUUUCUAUGUUUUUACGGAGGUGGGCGGGGCUAGGAUAGCUCUAAAGGGUAGAAUAGAUGUUGUGCAAUAUUGCUGACUGACCAGUUACAUCUCAGCAACGUUCAUGGCAUUUAAACGCAUCAUCAUUAUGAAUAAAGUCUGAGUAAAGUGGAUGUAGCAAUUUUGGGUAAUAAAGAGGAUUAACAGGCACAAUAAAGAUAACAUAUAUGACAGUAAUUUGCAUGUGACUACAAAAUUGUAUACAUAUACAUGUAGUCCUAUGGAGUUAGUGAGCAACUGCAUACUAGGACUACAUACAUGUACAUGUAUGAUACACGUUUUGUGAAUGGUCCCAUAGCCUUUUUGAGGCCUUGGAGCAGUAUGUUGAUAAUUCACUGUGUCUAUGACAUGGUACAUGUAUUGGAUGGCUGAGCUCAUCUCUCUCCUUCCACUACCUUCUACAUCCCAAACCAAAGUCAGGUACCCAUUUCAAGCCUGGGUGAAGGCAUAUAAAGUGACUUUCCAUAGG